AUGCCCUCUGGUACCGGCAAGACCAUUUCUCUGCUCUCGCUGACUGUGGCGUACCAAAUGCACUACCCCGAACACCGCAAAAUUGUGUAUUGCUCGCGUACCAUGUCGGAAAUCGAAAAGGCGCUGAUCGAGCUGCACAAGCUGAUGGAAUACAGAUCAAAGGAACUAGGCUAUGUCGAAGAUUUCAGAGGACUGGGACUGACCAGUCGUAAGAAUCUGUGCCUGCACCCUGUGGCUUCCAGAGAGCGAAAGGGCGUGGUUGUGGAUGAGAUGUGUCGGCGAAUGACCAACGGACAGCUAAAAGCACGCAUAGAGCAAGGCCAGGCGAGCACAGACCAGCUUUGCUCAUUCCACGAAAAACUAUACGAAAAAGACCCUGCCAACCUUGUUCCGCCGGGAGUGUAUUCGUUUGAGCAACUUAUGAAAUACUGCAAAAUGGAGGGAACGUGUCCGUACUUCACCAUCAGACGGAUGAUGCCAUUUUGUAACAUCAUUAUUUAUUCGUACCACUAUUUAUUGGACCCAAAAAUCGCAGAGCGAGUUUCCAGGGAGCUUUCGCGAGACAGCAUCAUCAUCUUCGACGAGGCGCACAACAUCGACAACGUGUGUAUCGAGUCUCUUUCGCUGGAUCUGACAGAAGACGUUCUGCGCCGCGCAAGCAAGGGUGCCAAUGCUUUGGCAAGAAAAGUUGAGGAGGUGAAGAAAACCGACAGCAAACGGCUCCAGGACGAGUACGAGAAGCUCGUCGAAGGGCUCCGGGAGUCGGAAAUAUACCACGCAGACGAGGAUGCGUUUAUGGUGAACCCUGUUCUGCCGGACGACGUUUUGACCGAGGCCGUUCCUGGAAGUAUCCGUCGUGCUGAGCAUUUUAUAUCCUUCCUCAAACGGUUCAUCGAGUAUCUCAAGACACGGAUGAAGGUUCUGCAUGUGAUCAGCGAGACCCCUGUGUCGUUUUUGCAGCACUUGAAGCAGCUGACGUUCAUUGACCGCAAACCAUUGAGGUUCUGUUCCGAGCGGCUGUCGUUGCUUGUCAGGACGCUUGAAGUCGUCGAGAUCGAGGAAUUCAUGGCCUUGAAGGACAUUGCUACGUUUGGAACUCUCGUUUCCACCUACGACACCGGGUUUGUGCUGAUUCUCGAGCCGUACGAGACAGAAAAUGCCACUGUUCCGAACCCGAUUUUACGGUUUGCGUGUCUUGACGCGUCCAUUGCGAUGAAGCCGAUUUUCGAGCGCUUUUCCUCCGUCAUCAUCACCUCCGGUACCAUCUCUCCGCUGGAUAUGUAUCCAAGAAUGCUGAACUUCGAGACUGUUGUCCAGGAGUCGUACACCAUGACUCUGGACAGAAGAUCGUUCCUGCCGAUGGUCGUCACCAAAGGCUCAGAUCAAGUGGCCAUCUCGUCGCGGUUUGAAAUCAGAAACGAUCCCAGCGUGGUGCGGAACUAUGGAACAUUGCUGAUCGAGUUUUCCAAAAUCACUCCGGACGGAAUGGUGGUCUUCUUCCCGUCGUAUCUAUACAUGGAAAGCAUUAUCUCGCAAUGGCAGACCAUGGGAAUUCUGGACGAAGUCUGGAAGUACAAGCUCAUUCUGGUGGAGACGCCCGAUGCACAGGAAACGUCGCUGGCGCUCGAAACGUAUAGAAAGGCCUGUUCCAACGGGAGAGGCGCGGUGCUUCUUUCUGUCGCUCGUGGCAAAGUGUCUGAAGGAAUCGAUUUUGACCAUCAUUAUGGCCGCACAGUGCUCAUGAUCGGGAUUCCGUUCCAGUACACGGAGAGCAGAAUUCUGAAAGCCAGACUGGAGUUUCUCAGAGACCACUACCAAAUCAGGGAGAACGACUUCCUGUCUUUCGACGCGAUGCGGCAUGCCGCGCAAUGUCUUGGACGGGUUCUUCGAGGAAAAGACGACUACGGUGUAAUGGUGCUGGCUGACAGACGAUUCGCGAAAAAGAAGUCGCAGCUUCCAAAAUGGAUAGCCCAGGCACUUUCUGAUGCAGACAUAAAUCUCUCUACAGAUAUGGCUAUAGCCAGUGCCAAGAAGUUCCUGCGAACGCUGGCUCAGCCAAUAGAGCAGAAGGAUCAGGAACAGGGUGUCAGCGUCUGGACCCUGGAUCAGUUGGAAAAAUACCAAAAAGAACAGAACGAACGCUUUUCUGUGACCAAUAUCGAGAUCCAGGGUUAG